UGUAUGUAGGUUAUAUAUCAUUGAUUGGCCCUGCCCUGACAAUGGCGGGUUCCCUCUCAGAGCCGAGGAUCAUCAGUACAACGUCAGACCCGGUCUCAGCUUUUGCAACAGUUGACAAGAAGGAGAAGAAAUGGCAGGUUUUUUCUUCCUAGGAGGACCACUCGCCAAGUUGCCACCACCCCACGAGGCCGCCGAGGCGAUCAGCAGGGCAGGGUUUGAGCUGUCAUGGCCACAGCAUCAGCAGUGCUAUAACAACACCGCCAACAACAACAUCACUGACGACAACAACAACAACAAGAAGCUGAUCAGCUCCGAGAGCGACGAGGGGGAGAUCGGGAGCUUCACGCUCGGGGUGGGGCCGCCUCCGGACUUGGUCUUUGAUGAGCGGCUGGGAGUGGGACUACUGACGACGACGGUGGCGGCAUCGAUGAGGGGAUCGGGGCUCGGUGGAGGAGGGAUGAACUGCCAGGACUGCGGGAACCAGGCCAAGAAGGACUGCCCCCACAUGAGGUGCCGCACAUGCUGUAAGAGCCGGGGGCUCACUUGCGAGACCCACGUCAAGAGCACCUGGGUCUCGGCGGGCAAGCGGCGUGAGAGGCAGCAGCAGCUCGCCACCAUGCAAAUAAGGGAGCAGGAGGAGCAACAGGGGUUUCGGAUCGAGAACCCUAAGAGGUCGAGAGAUCAACGUCCUAACAAUGAUAAUCAGCUGGUUCUUCCUGCGUCAACCAGUAUAAUUCCCACCGCUACGGCAGGGUUUGAAGUGGCAGAGUUUCCAAAUGAGCUGAACUCUUCCGCCCUUUUCCGGUGUGUGAGAGUGAGCAACAUGGAUGACUCGGACGAGGAGUACUACGCGUACCAAACCGCCAUGAACAUAGGAGGGCAUGUCUUCAAAGGAAUCCUCUACGAUCAAGGCCUCGACAAUGCUUAUCCUGUGACAGGUGACAGUUCCGCUGGAGGUGGCAGCGGAGCUCAACCACUCAACUUUAUCACCACAACCGCCACUAACUCUGCCACUGCCGCUGCCGCAGCCACCAGCAACCUGAAUGUGAACACAUUAUCAGAUCCCUCACUAGUCUACCCAGCCCCACUCAAUGCUUUCCUGGCCGGUACCCAAUUUUUCCCACCUCCUAGGUCGUGAAAGCCUAAAUGAGUUCAAUUCAUAUCCCUACUGUUCUCGGGAGAAGUCCAGCCGAUCUACACGAAUUCCCAACUCAUGAAAAAUUAUCAGGUACUUAAGUUAAUAGUCCUACUUAUGUAGUUGUGUGACUGAUCAUAUAUAUGUAUAUUGAGAUCAGAAUAUGAGAAACCUGGAAAGAGAUCCAGCUAGUAUGUUAUGCACCAUCUCUAUGGAAGUAGCUGCUGAUCAUUUCGCCGAGUUAUAUAGAUGGAAAUAAAAGCAUUGCAUACUUCGUACAUUGCUGCUGAGGAUGACUUGAUUCGAAAAAUUGCCAUUAGAUUUUCGUUGUCGUGUGUUCUUAAUUGAUUGUUAUGGUAUAUGCAUGUAUUGAGAGAGAUGCAAUGUAAUAUUGUUCUGGAUAUGCUUUACCUGAGCAAUGAGCUUAAUUUCAUCAAUAAUCUCCGUUUGCCUUU